UGCCGUGCCGUGCCGUGCCGUGCCGCUAUCCGGCCGUGCCGUGGCCGGCCCCGCUGGCCGCGCUGUCCCCGCUCCCCCGGGCAGCAGCCGGCUCCAGCUCGCCUCCUUGACGUCAUGUCUGUGCCGAGCCCUCGGCAGGCGCAGUGGAGGCAGGCGGUGUUAAACUUUCAGCUCCAGCCCGGCGGCUCCGGCGCCGUGCGCGGGGAGCUGCGUGCAGCCGCAGCUGGAACAUCUGGAAGCGUUCAGUGUGUCUGUCUGCCGGCGAGAGGGAGAGAGCGGGGAGCCAGCGCUGAGGGAGGGGAGGGAGUGAGGGGCUGGGACUGUGCUCUCUUCCUCUGCAGAAACAGCUCCCUGCCAACACAACGCGCUCAGAAUGGCUUUGAAGAGGAGGAGCAGCAGCGUUUGAACAUCUCCCUUUCUUUUUUUUUUUUUAUUUUUUCCCUCUUCCUCCUGUUGUUGCUCUUGUAGUUGGUGGAUUUUAAAAAGACAUUUAACCCUCAGAGGUUUGCCCUGGAUGCUUUUGCUUUUUUCCAUUUUUUUUUUCUUUUUUGCCACCCCCCUCUCUCGUUUCCCCCCUUCCUGUUCUUUUUUAUGGUUUAACAGCCAGAGGUGCUGUGCUAAAUUCUUGGAAGGGGCCCGGAUGUACUGAGGAUGCAUUGCAAUUUCACUAAAGGAGGCAGUAGUGGAAAGGAUCAGGUUUUGGUGUUUGAUGCAAUAAUGGGAAUCAGGUAAUAAUAAAAGGGGAAAUUCUGCAGCUCCAUUCUUCCUUGAAUUUUACCAAGCCGAUUUUCGGAGGGAUUAUUCUGGACUCGUUUUAAAUGGUCAAUGAAAACAAGAGGAUGUACAUUCCAGAAGAAAACCAUCAAGGUUCCAACUAUGGGAGCCCCCGCGCGGCCCACGCCAACAUGAACGCCAACGCGGCGGCGGGGCUGGCGCCGGAGCACAUCCCCACGCCGGGCGCGGCCCUGUCGUGGCAGGCCGCCAUCGACGCGGCGCGGCAGGCCAAGCUGAUGGGCAGCGCGGGCGCCGCGCCCAUCUCCACGGCCAGCUCCACGCAGAGGAAGCGGCAGCAGUACGGCAAGCAGAAGAAGCAGGGCACGGCCACGGCCACGCGCCCGCCGCGCGCGCUGCUCUGCCUCACGCUCAAGAACCCCAUCCGCAGGGCCUGCAUCAGCAUCGUCGAAUGGAAACCAUUUGAAAUAAUUAUUUUACUGACUAUUUUUGCCAAUUGUGUGGCCUUAGCUAUCUAUAUCCCCUUUCCAGAAGAUGAUUCCAAUGCCACCAAUUCCAAUCUGGAACGAGUGGAAUAUCUCUUUCUCAUAAUUUUUACAGUGGAAGCAUUUUUAAAAGUAAUAGCCUACGGACUUCUCUUUCACCCCAACGCUUACCUCCGCAAUGGCUGGAAUUUACUAGAUUUUAUAAUUGUGGUAGUAGGGCUUUUUAGUGCAAUUUUAGAACAAGCAACCAAAGCAGAUGGGGGGAAUUCAAUAGGAGGGAAAGGAGCCGGGUUCGAUGUCAAAGCGCUGCGGGCCUUCCGCGUGUUACGCCCUCUACGGCUGGUGUCUGGAGUUCCCAGUCUCCAGGUGGUUUUAAAUUCAAUUAUCAAGGCCAUGGUCCCUUUGUUGCACAUUGCCCUGCUGGUGCUGUUUGUCAUUAUUAUCUAUGCCAUCAUUGGACUGGAGUUAUUCAUGGGGAAGAUGCAUAAGACCUGCUACCAUGUGCAAGGGGGACUGAUAGAUACCCCCGCCGAGGACGACCCUUCCCCGUGCGCGCCCCAGUCUGCGCACGGGCGGCAGUGUCAGAAUGGCACCGAGUGCAAGGCGGGCUGGGAGGGGCCCAAGCACGGCAUCACCAACUUUGACAAUUUUGCUUUUGCCAUGCUCACCGUGUUUCAGUGCAUCACCAUGGAGGGCUGGACGGACGUGCUGUACUGGAUGCAGGACGCUAUGGGCUAUGAGUUACCAUGGGUGUAUUUUGUCAGUCUGGUCAUCUUUGGAUCCUUUUUCGUUCUAAAUCUGGUUCUUGGUGUGUUGAGCGGGGAGUUUUCCAAAGAAAGGGAAAAGGCCAAGGCUCGAGGGGAUUUCCAGAAGCUACGGGAGAAGCAGCAGCUGGAGGAGGAUCUGAAGGGGUACCUGGACUGGAUAACUCAAGCAGAAGACAUCGAUCCAGAAAAUGAGGAUGAAGGCAUGGACGAGGAGAAGCCUCGAAACAUGAGCAUGCCCACCAGUGAGACCGAGUCCGUCAACACCGACAACGUUCCCGGCGCUGACAUGGAGGGCGAGAACUGCGGCGCGCGGCUGGCGCAUCGGAUCUCAAAAUCGAAAUUUAGCCGCUACUGGCGCCGCUGGAAUCGGUUCUGCAGGAGGAAAUGCCGUGCUGCCGUCAAGUCCAACGUCUUCUACUGGCUGGUGAUCUUCCUGGUGUUCCUCAACACCCUCACCAUCGCCUCCGAGCACUACAACCAGCCAGACUGGCUCACCGAGGUGCAAGACACUGCCAAUAAGGUGCUGCUGGCUCUCUUCACGGCGGAGAUGCUGCUGAAGAUGUACAGCCUCGGUCUCCAGGCCUACUUUGUGUCCCUCUUCAACCGCUUUGACUGCUUCAUUGUGUGUGGAGGCAUCCUGGAGACCAUCCUGGUGGAGACAAAGAUCAUGUCCCCCCUGGGCAUUUCGGUCUUGAGAUGUGUCAGGCUCCUGAGGAUAUUUAAAAUCACAAGAUACUGGAACUCCCUGAGCAAUCUCGUGGCCUCCCUCCUGAACUCAGUCCGCUCCAUUGCCUCCCUGCUGCUGCUCCUCUUCCUCUUCAUCAUCAUCUUCUCGCUCCUGGGGAUGCAGCUCUUUGGGGGCAAGUUUAACUUUGAUGAGAUGCAGACCAGGAGGAGCACAUUUGACAACUUCCCCCAGUCCCUCCUGACCGUGUUCCAGAUCCUGACUGGGGAGGACUGGAAUUCGGUGAUGUAUGAUGGGAUCAUGGCUUAUGGCGGCCCCUCUUUUCCAGGAAUGUUGGUCUGUAUUUACUUCAUCAUCCUCUUCAUCUGUGGAAACUAUAUCCUGCUGAAUGUAUUUUUGGCCAUUGCUGUGGACAACCUUGCUGAUGCUGAGAGUUUAACAUCUGCACAGAAGGAGGAGGAAGAGGAAAAAGAAAGAAAGAAGCUAGCUAGGACUGCUAGUCCUGAAAAGAAACAGGAGAUGGAGAAAACAGCUGUGGAGGAGGAGACAAAGGAGGAGAAAAUAGAGCUGAAAUCGAUCACUGCUGAUGGAGAGUCCCCCCCUGCUACCAAGAUCAAUGUGGAUGAUUAUCAGCCCAACGACAGCGAAGAGAAGAGUCCUUAUCCCACAACAGAAGCACCAGCAGAGGAAGAUGAGGAAGAACCUGAGAUGCCUGUUGGGCCUCGACCUCGCCCGAUGUCUGAGCUGCACCUCAAGGAAAAGGCUGUGCCCAUGCCUGAUGCCAGUGCUUUCUUCAUCUUCAGUCCCAACAACAGGUUCCGUGUCCACUGCCACCGAAUCGUUAACGACAACAUCUUCACCAACCUGAUCCUGUUCUUCAUCCUGCUCAGCAGCAUCUCCCUGGCAGCCGAGGACCCCGUGAGACACCUCUCCUUCAGGAACCAAGUUCUCUUUUAUUUUGAUAUAGUUUUUACUGCCAUUUUCACCAUUGAAAUUGCUCUGAAGAUGACUGCCUACGGGGCUUUCCUCCACAAGGGCUCCUUCUGCAGGAACUAUUUCAACAUCCUGGACCUGCUGGUGGUCAGCGUUUCCCUCAUCUCCUUUGGGAUCCAGUCCAGUGCCAUUAACGUGGUGAAGAUCCUGCGAGUUCUGCGGGUCCUGAGACCUCUGAGGGCCAUCAACAGAGCCAAAGGACUCAAGCACGUGGUGCAGUGUGUGUUUGUGGCCAUCCGGACCAUCGGGAACAUUGUCAUUGUCACCACUUUGCUGCAGUUCAUGUUUGCCUGCAUUGGAGUCCAGCUGUUCAAGGGCAAGCUGUACAGCUGCACUGACAGCUCCAAGCAGACAGAAGCAGAGUGCAGAGGGUACUACAUCACCUACAAGGACGGGGAGGUCAGCCAGCCCAUGAUACAGCCCCGCAGCUGGGAGAACAGCAAGUUUGACUUCGACAACGUCCUGACUGCCAUGAUGGCCCUCUUCACCGUCUCCACCUUCGAGGGCUGGCCAGAGUUGCUGUAUAGGUCCAUUGAUUCCCACAUGGAGGAUGUGGGACCCAUCUAUAAUCACAGGGUUGAGAUCUCCAUCUUCUUUAUUAUCUACAUCAUCAUCAUUGCUUUCUUCAUGAUGAACAUCUUCGUUGGUUUCGUCAUCGUCACAUUUCAGGAACAAGGAGAACAAGAGUACAAGAACUGUGAGCUGGACAAAAACCAGCGCCAGUGUGUAGAGUAUGCCCUGAAAGCCCGGCCCCUGCGGAGAUACAUCCCCAAAAACCAGUACCAGUACAAGGUCUGGUAUGUGGUCAACUCCACCUAUUUCGAGUACCUGAUGUUCGUUCUGAUCCUGCUCAACACCAUCUGCCUGGCCAUGCAGCACUACGGCCAGAGCUGCAUGUUCAAGGAAGCCAUGAACAUCCUCAACAUGCUCUUCACUGGCCUCUUCACUGUGGAGAUGGUCCUGAAGCUAAUUGCCUUCAAGCCCAAGCACUAUUUCUGUGAUGCAUGGAAUACAUUUGACGCCUUGAUUGUUGUGGGUAGCAUUGUUGAUAUAGCAAUCACCGAGGUGAACCCAGCUGAACAUACCCAAUGCUCUUCCUCUAUGAACGCAGAGGAGAACUCGCGCAUCUCCAUCACCUUCUUCCGGCUCUUCCGCGUGAUGCGCCUGGUGAAGCUGCUGAGCCGCGGGGAGGGCAUCCGCACCCUGCUCUGGACCUUCAUCAAGUCCUUCCAGGCUCUCCCCUACGUGGCUCUUUUAAUCGUGAUGCUGUUCUUCAUCUACGCCGUGAUUGGGAUGCAGGUGUUUGGUAAAAUUGCGCUGAACGACACCACAGAAAUCAACCGCAACAACAACUUCCAGACCUUCCCCCAGGCAGUGCUGCUGCUUUUCAGGUGUGCCACAGGUGAGGCCUGGCAGGAGAUCAUGCUGGCCUGUCUCCCUGACAAGAAGUGUGACCCCGAGUCGGAGCCGGCCAACUCCACGGAAGCCGACCACUCCUGCGGCAGCAGCUUCGCCGUCUUCUACUUCAUCAGCUUCUACAUGCUCUGUGCCUUCCUGAUCAUCAAUCUUUUUGUAGCUGUUAUAAUGGAUAACUUCGAUUACCUGACACGGGACUGGUCCAUUUUAGGACCACACCACCUGGAUGAGUUUAAAAGGAUCUGGGCAGAGUAUGACCCUGAAGCUAAGGGCCGGAUCAAGCACCUGGAUGUGGUGACGCUGCUGCGCAGGAUCCAGCCCCCGCUGGGCUUCGGGAAGCUGUGCCCGCACCGGGUGGCCUGCAAGCGCCUUGUCUCCAUGAACAUGCCCCUGAACAGCGAUGGGACCGUCAUGUUCAACGCCACCCUCUUUGCCUUGGUCAGAACUGCACUGAGGAUCAAGACAGAAGGUAACCUGGAGCAAGCCAACGAAGAGCUGAGAGCAAUAAUUAAGAAAAUCUGGAAGCGCACCAGUAUGAAGCUGCUGGACCAGGUGGUGCCUCCUGCAGGUGAUGACGAGGUGACCGUCGGGAAGUUCUACGCCACGUUCCUGAUCCAGGAGUAUUUCCGGAAGUUCAAGAAGCGCAAGGAGCAGGGGCUGGUGGGGAAGCCCUCGCAGCGCAACGCGCUCUCCUUACAGGCUGGUCUGCGCACACUCCACGACAUCGGGCCCGAGAUCCGACGAGCAAUUUCUGGAGACCUGACAGCUGAAGAGGAGCUGGACAAGGCCAUGAAAGAAGCAGUUUCUGCAGCCUCUGAAGAUGACAUCUUCCGGAGAGCUGGAGGCUUGUUUGGCAACCACGUGAGCUAUUACCAAAGUGACGGCAGGAGCGGGUUCCCCCAGACGUUCACCACCCAGAGACCUUUGCACAUCAAUAAGUCUGGCAACAACCACGGAGACACCGAGUCCCCAUCUCACGAGAAGCUGGUGGACUCCACCUUCACUCCCAGCAGCUACUCAUCCUCAGGCUCCAACGCCAACAUCAACAACGCCAACAACACUGCCCUGUGCCGCUUCCCCAGCCCGCCCAGCUACCCCAGCACUGUCAGCACGGUGGAAGGCCACGGGACGCCCUUGUCACCCACCAUCUGUGUGCAGGAGGCUCCCUGGAAGCUCCCAUCCAAGAGCUCCAGUUCCAGAGACAGCCAGCUGGCAAUUGUUUGCCAAGAGGAAGUGUCUCAGGAUGAGACUUAUGAUGAAAAUUUGAAUGAAGACAUUGAGUACUGUAGUGAACCAAGUCUGCUCUCUACCGAAAUGCUUGCAUACCAAGAUGAUGAAAACAGACAACUCACUCCGCCAGAAAACAACAAAGGGGAGGACAGCCGGCACUCUCCGAAGAAGGGGUUCCUGUGCUCCUCAGCUCUAGGUCGAAGAGCAUCUUUUCACUUAGAGUGUUUGAAAAGACAGAAAAACCAGGGUGUGGACGUCUCACAGAAGACAGUCCUGCCUUUGCAUCUGGUCCAUCAUCAGGCACUAGCGGUGGCCGGCCUGAGUCCCCUGCUGCAGCGAAGCCAUUCCCCCACCACGUUCUCUCGGCUGUGUGCUACACCCCCGGCCACGCCCUGCAACCGGGGCUGGCCGCAACAGAGCAUCCCCACGCUGCGCCUCGACGGGGCCGAGUCCUCGGAGAAACUCAACAGCAGCCUGCCGUCCGUGCACUGCGGCUCCCGGUACCCGGAGAGCGGCGGCAGCCCCCGGAGAGCGCGGCCCGUGUCGCUGACCGUGCCCAGCCCGAGCGCGGGGAGCAGCCGGCAGUUCCACGGCAGCGCCAGCAGCCUGGUGGAAGCGGUCUUGAUUUCGGAAGGACUGAUGCAGUUUGCUCAAGAUCCAAAGUUCAUUGAGGUCACAACCCAUGAGCUCGCAGACGCCUGCGACAUGACGAUAGAAGAGAUGGAAAAUGCAGCAGACAACAUUCUCAAUGGUAACAGCAAGCAGAGCCCCAAUGGCAACCUCUUGCCUUUUGCUAACUGCAGGGACCCAGGGCAGGACAGUGCAGGAGAGGAAGAGGAAGAGGUGCAGAACCCGGAUUGUAGGAUAAGUCAGGAGGAGCUCAAGGACAGCAGGAUUUAUAUCAGCAGCCUGUAGUUGCCAGGGCUGGAAGCGAUGCUGGUUUUUUAUUUGUUUCAAUGUUCCUAAUGGGUUUGUUUCAGAAGUGCCUCACUGUUCUCGUGACCUGGAGUAACCGGAACAGCGUUCUUCAUUCAUUUCUGUUGGGACGAGUCGCAGAGUUGGGUGGUGUAAGAAAGCUUUUCAGGAGCGGAUAUAACCCCAGCACGUGUCCAUGAGGGAAGAGUGAGGAGGAGGAGGAGAAGAGGAGGAGAGCCAGCUCCCUCUUUUUUUCAGUCCCUGCACAAGGAACGACAGCUGCCUCCGGAGCACCAAGGGGAACCUCAGCUUCUUGCGGAUGGCCCUAGCCAAAAGGACCUGCGCCAAACGGGUGUCUGUCAACCUUGCUUGUAAAAAUCAUUUUGCACAUAUUCUGUAUGAGCCUCACCGUCUCCAUAAAGCCAAGGCCCUUUGAUUCGGAAGGAGAGGAAGACUUCUGCUGUGGAUUCCCACACGGCCACGGGGAGGAGGAAGCAGGAGAAGCCCGCGGGCGCCCGAGGCGCAGCCUAGCCCUGCCGAGACUCCGGCAGCGGCCUCUGCCGGCCAAUCAGAGCUCGGGCGGUCACUCACAAGCCAAUCCGAGCUCAGGCGGUCUCCUGACGGCCAAUCAGAGCUCAGCGCGCCAACUGUGCCAGCCAAUGGGGGAGCAGGCAUGACGGCGGGGCUGAGGGCCGCCAGGCCUGUGCAGAGUUCUUGUUUCGCAGUUUGGUAUUUUCUUGAAAGCAUGUUGCAGUUUUUAUUUUGACUAUUUUAUUAUUAUUAUAAUUAUAAUUAUUAUUUUUGAGGGAGAAGGGAGUGUUUACAGCGUUUUGUAAUCACCUACCUUUUUUGUUUUGGUUUAUUUUCACCUUUGUGGAUGUUAAAUUGGUUUGAUCAUGCUGUAUUAUUUAAACCGGGGGGAGGGUGGUUUCUCCAUUGGAACUUGGUAGAAGUAUAACGAUAGAUGAGUUUUACCAACCGUUAUGUACACCGAGAAUUUGUAAUUUCAUUUACUAGCAACCGAAGACCUUUUUUUUUCCGUUGUCGUUUUAUAAUUUAAAGAUAGUAGGCAAUGCACUUGAUAUAGUCUUGCACAUUUGGGUGAUUGGUUUGGGUUCUUUUCAGCGCUAAGCGUGUCUGUGAGCGUGGGAGCCAGGGGAGCGUGUGUGCGUGCGUGUGUGUGUGCGAGGGCAGCUCCCCGAGCUGCGGGAGAGCUGCGGCCGCUCGAAUGCAAAAACAAACCACUGUCUCUGCUUUCGGAAAGGGAAUCGGCAACUUUGCAUUUUCUGUUCCACAAGAUAUGCAAAAACAAUGCAAUAAUAUUUAAUUUUGAAAUAAAAUUGUAAGUCGUGUUGGCAUUAAAACUGUAUAGAAAAAAAAAAUUUACGGGAGUGGGGGGAAACAAACAAAAAAAAAGAAACAACAAACCAGAAGACGUUACGCUUCGAUAUAUUCCGUGUGAUGUUUUAUUGCAUUGACAAUGUUUCUGUUGAAGAAACCGUUAUACUUGAAUUCAGGUCAGUUUCAGUAUUUUUCAAAUAUUUUUUUAAAAUGAAUUGCAAUUGUGCCAAGCAAAGAUAAUGAAUUGAAUUAAGUUUGUUUAAAAAAAAAAAGUAAAAAAAAAAGAAUCACUUCUUGUAUAUUUUGCUGCAUGUCAAGUGAAUCAUUUCGUAUUUGGAAUGUGCCAAGCUUUACCUUUGAACUUUUAAGUGCUUUUUUACGUGUGGUUGGGGAAAGGGUACUGUUUUAUUUUUCUUUUUCCUUUUUUAAUUUGUACGAUGAACAAAGUGUACCUGUUGUAAGUAACUAUUCUGCAAUCCACUGACAGGUUGAACGUUACUGAUUUUGCAUAUCUUGUGUUCAUUUUCCUUCUUCCUCACUCCCUUCUAAUGUGCACGAUUCUUUAUCGGUAGAGAAUCUUUCUUCCCGAGACUGGGACAUUUUAUUCAGGCUUUGUUUUCUUUCCUUUUGCUCAGUUCCUCUAAAGGUCUCGUCCCACUAAGGGUGGCAAGACCCCCAAAGCCCAUUUGGCAGAUCCAUCCUACACGUUCAGCUGGCACCAGCAAUUGAAGGAGCAAGGGGGGGAAAAAUCUGGCUUCAGAAUUAUUUUAUUAAAUAGCUGAACCCUGAUCAAUUUUAGCAGGAUCCUGGGAUAAGAAAUGCAAGAAUCAGAAGAGUUGACAAAAUAAAGUUAUCUACCCUUGGUCUGGGCUGAAAGCAGAGGGAGAGAGCUGUGGAUCUUUAUUAGGAGAAUUGCUGCAGCCUGGUCAAGAUGCAGGUGCCAAGUGACUUUUUGGUGUUCCUGUGCAUGCUCUCAAUCCUCUUCCCAGACAUUAGUGGAUGGGUCAGGUACUCAGUCACAACACAUCUGGCAGCACAGCAUUUCCAGACACAUUUCCUGACUAGUAAGUGUGAAACUGUCACACCGAUGGUUGGCCCUAACCCUGAGAGAGGCUGAAAAAACAGGCACGUACCGUUAGAUUUUAUGCAACUGAUUUUUGUCUAGACUACUGCUGUUUUUUCUCCCUCCUCGGGAUGAUUCACAAACUUGCAGAUCAGUUCUGAGUUCUGAGGUGUGAUCUGACUCAGAGCUAAACUUUGAUUUAAAUCUUGAGCUUCUGCAGAUGUCCGAGAACACCCUUCACUACAUACCCUGAUUACAUUAUUUUUGUGACUAUCUUGUUUUUCUUCUCGAUUCUCUGGGGCAUAAAGGAGAAAUAGCAAAGGGUACUUUUGACUGUACUUUUUGAACCGGCCAGUAUCAGCUCAAGGUACCUUGGAGAAAACCAAAUACCAGAGAAAUAGGAAUCCAUUUGUACAAGCAUCUGUCAUCAGAGUCAUAAUUCAAGGCUUCCCUGGAGAAGGUAACCAGCUGCUGUGAGUCAGUCUCAUCCUUUCAUCCCUGGUGCCUGCAUGGAGGUGGGCACACAUGUGUGUCUCCCCGUGAGUUUGCUGCUGCUGGUGCUGAUGUGCUCCAAAGGUCCUUGAAAGGGAAAAAUGCCCGUGCCUGGCUGUUCCUGACAAUGCCGUCUAAGGGCUCCCUGACUCAUUUUCUUUCACUGCAAAGUCCAUCUGACCCUCCCAAUGGAAGACAGGUGCUCUUCACCCCUAGAAAACAGCCCUUACCUAAAUUAGUGGUGACAAUGAGCCUUUUGGAUGCUUGACAGCCCAUCUUUUAGGAUUUUUCUUGAUGGGAAGGAAGAUGGCAGGAAGGAUUGUGCCCCAGGCAUUCUUGGCGAAAGCUGCUUCUCCCCCGGGGGUCAGAGCCCACAGUGGCCAGGGGAAACCCCGCUCUGCUGGAAGACCCUGUAGGUGCUGCAGAGUGGAAAACGCAUGGCUAGCAGAGAAUGCAAACAACUUCUGUGGUUUGAGGGGCAGGCGUUAAAUUUAGUAAUUGCUGGUGCCAGCUGUGCAAAUUUCUCUCUCUGGGGAGGGCGGCUUUUUUCUUUUUUCUUGACUUUUUUUUUUAUUUUUUUUUUUUUUAAUUUGAGGUACUUCCAACGUGCACAUUGUGACAGGCCUGAGCAAAGAGCUGCUGCCUCCUGCAAGUGAGGCAGAGAGAGUCUGGGGGACAGUGGGAAGGAGGGGCAGGUUAAUUCCUGGAGUGUUUCCCUGUGUACGGGAGUGGACAGUGGGUACAAUCACUGUGCUGUGGAUGGAAGCUUUGAAGGAACCGAUGGCUGAGAAGUGGCGUGGAGGGAAGGAAUGGGGGAAACGAUCUGCUGUUUGCCUCUGAGCACCUCUGACUCGCAAGAGGACACUGCAGACUAAAGACGUUUCUUAUAAAACAACAAACCUCCUCCCUGUGUCACUCCUGCUCAUUAGUCCAGACAGUACUGGGCCAGCCACAUCGGGUGCAUUUCUUUUUUUCUUCCCUAUUUCUGUGUGGCUGACGUGAUGGGAAAGCAAGUGGAACUCACGAUCCAGAGCUGGAGUUUCGUUGUCCACAGACCUUUUGUGCAUCAUCUGCCUCUUCAGCUGGACACGUGGACGAUGAUGGUGUCGAUGCUGCUGCUGCUGCAGGGGUCCCGCCUGUUUUCUUGCCCUGCCCACCCCACCCCAGCACGGAGGGACAGCCAGAGAGGCGCCAUGUACAGAACCGCAUCUAUUUCUGCUUUGUUUUCUGACUCACAACCCUGCCCCAGUGACUACGACGACAACGACAACAACAAAAAAAAAGGGCAAAUGCAUUUUUUACAUUUCUUGAUAAUUUCCAAAGCAAUGUAUCAUUGCUUUCUUUAGACUGACGCCAAUAUAACAGUUGUAUGGGUCUCAGCCAGGCUCCCGUGUCUUUUCUGCCUGAGUUUCAGAUUGCUGUAUGAAAUGUAUGCGCGUUUGCACACUGACACAAGCAGAGGAGGUGGCGGCACCCCGAGCCCGUGGGGUUGGUCACCUGUGUCACACACGGAGCUGGAGGCCUUGCUUCGUACGUGUAGAUGGGAAACCCCAACCCACUGGUCCAGGGAGCUGGAGGGAAGCAGCCCUACAGAGACAGCACUGAGUAUCCUGAGAUACAUCCACGGUCCUGCUGUGACUGUCCCCACAGCAGGGGCAGUGGGGGGGAGAGGACACCGAAUGGGGAACUUGGAGCACAACAAUAUUGAAGUAGAAUCCAGUCAGGGUUUCUGAUAGCAGUGAGAUUUCAUCAGUUCCCAUAAUGAAACCUGUAGUACAUAUAAAUAAAACAUUCCAGGCCAUCAGAAGUCCCAAUUCCCAUCUUGCUAACAUGAGGCUGGAGGGCAUUAGAAGCCAAAGAGGUUGUAUUGAUGCAAAGAAUGUGGAAAACAGAACUGGGCCCUGACAAAUUUAAUUACAUCUUUCCCCCAUUUAUUUUCUUCUUCAAAGAAGUCUAAGAAAUACAAGUCUCAAUAGCUGCACAGGGUUUCUUUUUUUCUUCUUUUCAAUGUUGUGAAACUUUUAAAGUUUUAUUCUGGGUGAGCAAGCCCAGGGAUCGAGAAGGUUUUCAAUGGGAUCGCAGUUUGUGGAGCUUCUAUCUCUGCUCCUGCUGUGUUUCUGGAAAGCUGAAACCACUCUGGCCUUGCUACAGCUCCCUGAGGUUGGGUGGGUGAGGGCAGAAGCACAGCAGAGAUUGCGUCCUGUUCUGAAGACAGAUUGGGCUCCAAUUGCUUUCAGAAAAGUCAGUAUCACACUGGAUUGGGAAAAAAAAAAUCCUCUUCUGAUACAAACUUUAGUGUUCUAGUUAAAUUCUCCAUUCUUCUCCUCCCCCUUACAGGGAACUUAACACUUGAGCAUAAAAACCAGGCCUUCUUUAGGGGCACAGGGCUCGACUCAGUUGCCUAAACCUGAGUGUCCAUUGUCACUGGAGAUGCCCUACAGCAUCCUCUGCCAGCUCGGGGCCAGGCAGGGCUGGUGUGACAGCCCCCAGCCCCAGAGCAUGGCCGAGAUCUCAGGUGGCAGGGGACAAUUAGGCAACUUAAUCAAGUCCCUUUCUAAAGGGCUAAUUGAAAGGAGCAGCACCAAUGACUGAUGUAAUGAGGGAACCUUCAUUAGCAUUACCAAGGGCUUGGUUAGGCAGGAUCAGGAGCUUGUCUCCACACUCCCACGCUGGUUUUUUCCUACCCCACGUCAGGCACUCUGCCUCCACUCCUGCAGCCUGAAGUUGGCAGUGCUGUCUGGUCCUUUCCUUAGGCCAGGAUUAGCAGCUGCAUCCCAGGCCAGAGGAGCAGGGACAGGCCCAGGCGAGAGCAGGCAUCACUCCACUCAGCCACAGGUUUUUCUGCCAGCCUUCCAACAGCCCCUUUCCAAAGCUUUUUCCUAUUCGAGACAGAACCACAGACUCAGACACCAUUUGUUGGCAUCAUCAUUCAGGUGAUUUAAUACCUGUGUUUUUCUGUUAGCUCUUUCCCAAUUAGGCUGAAAUGCUCUCAGUAUUUUAAGCAUCCUAAGUCAGUCUGCUCCCAUCUCAAGCACCUAGGUAGACUGGCAGCCAAUACUAUCUAAACAUCAUCAACUUUAUGAUUGCUCAUAGAAAUGAUUGUUUCAAGCUUAUUUAGUCUUGACAGUUUGAAUGUGGGAAGAUUUUAGAGGAGGAGGAGUGAGACUGUAAAUAUCUCUGACAAACACUGCUGCAUCACACACAUAAAAAAAAGGGGGAGAUACUUAUAAAACUGCCUUAAAAAUCAAUUCUGAAUGAUGAAUCUCCCUCCAAACAAUUGCCACUUGACAGAGCAAGGGAUGAGUCACUUUGGAGUGAAUUCUGGCAAGAAGUGGUUGAAAUCUAGUCCGUUUCAGGAGCCAAGGUGUAAUUUAGGAGCUGAUCUCAGUCUGAAUUCACAUCAGCACUGAGGACUGAGCACUGCAGGAUCCAAAGGGUUUCAGGUCCAGGGGGAACUGUCUGUGCAUGGUUUGGGUCCGGCCCAGCAAGGUACUGGGUACCAGUGUCUCCCAGUGACUUCAGGGAAGAUGGGGUUCCUCAGCACCUCUUAAGUUCAGGCCCUGGAGCACCAUUUCCUGCUCUGAUCAUCAGCUAUAAAUGUUGAUAAAUAUAAGUGUUUUGCCUUCAUUUGAAUUGCCCAGAGCUGUAAAAUGACCUCUCUCAAGUAUAAAUCAGUCCAGAUAUAAAACUCCUCUCCCACUCUUCCCUACACUCCCUGCCCACCUUCCCAGCCCUCCUUCGCACCUCCACCCAACCCUUCCCUGUCUCAAUUCUUUACCUCCUUCCACACUUUUAUAUCUAGUUUUCAUGAACCCACAGAAAUGCUUUUGUAAAUACUGCUGUACAGUUUGUAACCGUCAUGUAAGCCUGUCAUCAGUGCCAGAGUCCGUCUUGCCCUCUCGCACGUUUUAAAAUCAACAGAGGAAGGUCAGAGCGAGCGGCCCGCCAGUGAGCUAUAGGGUCAUCUCUGUGUGGGACAAAUGUAUAUUCCUGUAAGAUUGCAUUUUUAUCUAAGGAAUGAUGUUAUUUUAAAAUUGCUAAUAAAUUUCUAAACAAUG